GUCAGUCACGGGCAUCAAUGUUUCCACCCGCUCGCCCUCCCUUCCUUCCCUUCUUCGCAGCCUAUCCUAGUUAGUUGCACAUGCUUCACGCUUCUCUAUCCAUCACUCCCACACCACUCUUGCUUUCGCACCCUCCUCUCUCCACGCUGCUUUCCUAUUUAGCAGUGGAGGAAGGCAGCGAGGGAGGGGAUCCUUGUCACCGAGUUGAGGUGUAGCGGGUAGACGCGGAGUCAUUUUCUGCUCGAUCGUCGCCACCGAGCUGCGGCGGAAACCACGUGUGGCCUUGGCUACGUUAGCAGGAAUCUCAAGUGCAUUGCAGUUUGCCGUCACGGCAGACGUUUGUGCGUUUGUUGAGGAACAGCGGUGGUUGCAGGACUAUGAGCAGGAGGUGUCAGCCGUGAGAAUCGACUGCCUCAGUCUACGGCCAUGACUACUUCCGUUGUUUGUGCUUCUCGAGUGUACGCAGUCGGGACACCAUCGUUGAAAAGUUCCACAUGGCGAUGGGGAGAACGGUCGUUGCUCCCUAAUAAGCACAAUCAUGCUCUUGGGAGCACCUCCAGGGUGUGGGUUGAGAGGGUGAAGAGAGACUACCCCCGAUAUUUCACUGCGAGUCCCGCGGCAGUUCUUAGUCCUGAGAGAUUGGAUCUUUCUCCGAAGGAAACGGAUACCAAUAAGCUUGGAUCGGGGACAUAUGACCUGAAGGUUGGCGAUGACUUGCCUGCAAACUACGCUGACGAUGACCCGAACAGAAUGAAGCCUGAGAGGAGAUGUGGGGUGUUGCUGCACCCGUCGUCGUUGCCUGGACCAAAUGGGAUUGGAGAGCUCGGAGAGGAAACGUUUGCAUUUUUGGACUGGUUGGCGUCGACGGGUUGCACGCUGUGGCAGGUCCUGCCUCUUGUUCCCCCAGGUAGGAAAGGGGGUGAAGAUGGCUCCCCAUACGCAGGAGUGGACGCGAAUUGCGGUAACACAUUGCUGAUUUCUCUUGAGGAGCUAGUGAAGGACGGGUUGCUGGAAGAGAUCGACCUUCCGUCACCUGUUCCGCUUGGUAAAGUGGACUUUGACGCGGUUGCCAGGAUUAAAGACCCCCUCAUUGCCAAGGCCGCGAGGAAUCUCGUCAGCAGUAGAGGUGCUAUGCGGGAAGAGCUUGACAGGUUUAGGACGGAUCUUAGGAUCUCCUCCUGGCUCGAGGAAGCGGCGCUUUUCGCUGCCAUUGACAACGUCAUUGAUGCAAAGCACUGGUGGGACUGGCCGGAGGACUUGCGAGACAGGAACGCAGAGGCACUAGAAGCUUUCAGAAAGGAGCAUCAUGGCUUCAUUACGCAGUUUGUUGCUGAGCAGUUCUUGUUCCAGCGGCAAUGGCAAGCAGUGCAUAAACACGCAAACGCGUUGGGGAUUCGAAUUGUUGGUGACAUGCCUAUUUACGUCGGGGGGCAUUCAGGGGAUGUGUGGGCAAACAGGGAGAUGUUUGAACUGGAUCCCUCGACUGGCGCUCCAGCUAUGGUGUCUGGGGUCCCCCCCGACGCUUUCUCCGAGACUGGACAGUUGUGGGGGAGCCCCCUCUAUGACUGGAAGGCGAUGGCGGAAGAUGGCUACUCGUGGUGGGCAAACAGAAUGCGGCGUGCAUUCGAGCUUUACGACGAGUUCCGGAUCGACCACUUUAGAGGGCUUGCCGGCUACUGGGCUAUCGACGCAGCCGAGGACACUGCCAUGCACGGUAAGUGGCAGAAAGGUCCAGGCGAAGAGUUCUUUUCCGCCAUCCGCGCCGCCGUGGGGAAGGUGGACAUUAUCGCGGAAGAUCUCGGUGUUAUCACAAGCGACGUCGUCUCGCUUCGCAAGAAUAUCAAUGCGCCAGGGAUGGCAGUUCUUCAGUUUGCAUUCGGUAGUGACUCCAUGAACCCGCAUUUGCCUCACAAUCACGAAGUUGAUCAGGUUGUUUACUCGGGUACUCAUGACAACGACACUGUGGUGGGAUGGUGGAAGAAGGCGACGACAUCCGAGCGGGAGCAUGUGCUGCAGUAUAUGGGUUUAAAGAGUGACGAAAACAUCCAUUGGGAGUUCAUCAAAUGUGCGCUCUCUUCCGUGGCGCUCACCACCAUUAUCCCAAUGCAGGACGUGCUAGGGUUAGAUGACUCAGCUAGAAUGAAUACCCCAGCAACGCAAGCUGGCAACUGGGGGUGGCGGAUCGGCGAGCCCGGCAUCUUCAAUGAGCUGGAGACGGAGAAGCGACAGCUUCAACUAUGCUUGAAGCUCUUCAAUCGAUACCCGCGACACUUGCAAGAGCAGGAGAGGCUGAAAGCAGAAGCUGACGCUGCUAAAGCUGAAGCCCCCGAAGCAGAAGCUGACGCUGCUAUAGCUGAAGUCCCCGAAGCAGAAGCUAACGCCAAUGGCUCUUUGUCGUCUCUGCUCGAAUCAACUCCUACAGCAUAGACAGAAUUUUCUUUUUCUUUUUGACAAGAUUCUGUUUUUCGAUUAUUGUAAAGUCGGAUCUGACCUUCCGGUAAAGCAAGGAGCAUUUACCUCCACUGUAUGUAGCAUUAGCUAUUAGAUAAUAAUAGAAGACAAUGUUUAUCACCAUUCAGUCAAAAUCGCAGUAACGAAGCGGAGGCAACAGAUGACUGAAUGUUACGGAUAUUUUGGUGUACUUCUGAACACGUUGUAUAUUCCACUUCUCUAUCUGAAUUUUCCUGUAAGGAAAGGUGCUCAACUUAUAAAUUCA